UAUGUAGAAGGGUCGGCUUGGAAGCCCGGGACCGCCGCGGACGAGGCCCAGACUCUCAAGCGCCGCAAAUACGUUUUCUGCAAUGGAAACACUGAGUCCAUAGUGGACCGACACAAUAAAAAAUAUAAAAGAAGUAUCGGUCCGACUAAUAGGGAUUCUUUUAUCUAGUGAUUAAGUCUGGUGGUGCAAAGGGCCAACGCUGCCAGCAUCCUUGCCUCCAAUCCAGAAACGGGACACUUUGGGGAGGUUUUUUUUUAUAUUUAGUAGGUAGUUUAGUUUAACUUUUAUUUAUUAAUUUUUUUUUAUAUUAUAGGACAUAAUAUUGAUAGGACAAGUACCAACGCCACGUCUAGCACUUAUUUACAGAAUACUUCCGAUAUAGAUUCUUCAGUUGAAGAUACAAUAUAUUCAGAAAUAGAUAUAGACGGGGUGGCGAAAAAAUACCCCGAGCUGCGUAAGGGCGGUUGGUACAUCCCGUCCAAUAUUACCACGCGGCACAACGUUGCUAUCAUAGUGCCAUACAGGGAUCGCCAGAAGCAUCUGACGCUAUUCAUAAAGUACAUUCAUCCGUUUCUUAUGAAGCAACACAUGGAAUAUGGAAUUUUUAUUAUAGAACAAGCAGGUACACAUCCGUUCAACCGCGGCCAGCUCAUGAACGUGGGAUUCUUGGAGAGCCAGAAGAUGGGCAGCUGGGAGUGCUUCAUCUUCCACGACGUGGACUUACUGCCGCUCGACCGACGGAACCUGUACCAGUGCGGCGAGCAGCCUCGCCAUUUAGCUGCUGCCGUCGACACGUGGGAUUUUAAGCUACCGUAUGAUAAUUUGUUUGGCGGUGUAACAGCCAUAACGCUGAAGCAAUUCAAGAAAGUCAACGGUUUCUCCAACCGAUACUGGGGGUGGGGCGGUGAAGACGACGAUAUGUUUCGUAGGUUGUGGAUGAUGGGUUAUCGUAUCACACGUUACAAUAUGUCCGUAGCUCGGUAUGCUAUGCUCCGCCACUCGGAAGCAGUACCCAACCCAAAAAGAUCGAAGAUCUUGUCAAACACGACUAAAAUUUUCAAGGAAGAAGGCCUCUCGUCACUGCAUUACGUGGUUCUUAAAAUAACGUGGCUUCAACUGUACACUCACGUUAUUGUGAACCUCGACAAGAUGUGGGACACCGCAAUCGCAAACAUGUCGUUAGUUGAUGGUUCAUUAUAACAUCGCAAACAUAUCGUUAGGUGAUGUUGUGUUGUAACGAAAAGUGACUGAAAAGGCCAGCCAGCCCGCGCAACGAACAUGCCAAUCGUUAACGCUCGGUAGCGUAGCGUAGUCAUCUCUCUAUCACUCUUCCAUAUUAGUGCGACAGUGACAGUUGCGUUUCGUUCGCUACGGAGCGUUAAUGAUUGGCAUGUUGCGCGCGGGCUGUUACGCCUUCAUGACGAUCAUGUUGUUUUGAUUAUAAACCAAUUACAAACUAAAGAAUU